CCUUUUCAACAAUUGACAAGCCUAAACUCCUUAGUCAGUUAACUUCAAUACUUGGUGAGAUGGGACUGAAUAUUCAAGAAGCUCAUGCAUUUUCCACCACGGAUGGAUUUUCUCUGGAUGUCUUUGUCGUUGAGGGAUGGCCUAAUGAGGUAGGAAGAACGUAGCUAAGCAAUGGCCUCAUAAAAUCACUAGCAAGUGUUUUGGGAAACAGAGGGACUUUAUGUAUACCUUGACCAACUUUUUGCUAUGAGAAACUGAGGAGCUCAAAGGUGUGUUGGAAAAGGAAAUUUUAAAGGUUAAGGAUCAAUGCAUGUCAAAUCAGGGCAUGCAUUAUGCUGCCAAUGAACAAUACCAGGCAAGGGUGGAACCCUCCCCUCAUUUCAUUCAAAUACCAUCUGAUGGAGCUGAUGUCUGGGAAAUUGAUACCAAUCAGCUGAAAUAUGAAAACAAAGUUGGCUCUGGGUCAUUUGGUGACUUGUACAGAGGCACAUAUUGCAGUCAAGAUGUGGGUAUCAAAGUUCUUAAGCCUGAGCGCACAAGUACAGAUAUGCUGAGAGAAUUUGCACAGGAAGUUUAUAUCAUGAGGAAGAUUCGACACAAGAAUGUUGUUCAGUUCAUUGGCGCAUGUACUAGGCCCCCAAGUCUUUGCAUUGUUACUGAGUUUAUGUCUAGGGGAAGCUUAUAUGACUUUCUGCACAAACAAAGAGGUGUAUUUAAGCUUCCAUCUUUGCUAAAAGUAGCAAUUGAUGUUUCCAAGGGAAUGAACUAUUUGCACCAAAAUAAUAUAAUUCACAGGGACCUCAAGACUGCCAAUCUUCUGAUGGAUGAAAAUGAAGUGGUCAAGGUUGCUGAUUUUGGGGUUGCGAGAGUGCAAACUCAGUCUGGAGUGAUGACAGCUGAAACUAUUUGGGGUUGCCCCAGGUUUAGGUUGAGUAGAAAAGAGGGCAGUAGUGGAAUAGGAUCCAAAUCUGUUGGUGACAGAAUAACUAUUUGA